AUGAGUUCAACAGAUCGGUCGCUUUUUGAUUGCAUCCACUUCAACGACGACACCCUCAACUUAAACGGCCAUCAUCACCUUACCGAACCCCGAAGUUCAGGUCUUGAUUGGCAUACAGCCUCAUCUGCGCAAGUUCAAUCCCGGUCUCUCCACCGCAAACUCACCGUCAACAUGUCUUACAAGCAAGAGAAGGAGUUCGGCGAGGGCCCCAAGGUCCACAAGAUCCGUAUCACCCUCACCUCCCGCAAGGUCGCUGCCCUUGAGUCUGUCUGCGCUGCUCUGCUCGAGCGUGCUCGCUCCAAGUCCCUCCAGGUCAAGGGUCCCGUCCGUCUUCCCACCAAGACCCUGAACAUCUCCACCCGUAAGACCCCCAACGGUGAGGGUUCCAAGACCUGGGACAAGUACGAGAUGCGCAUCCACAAGCGUCUCAUCGACCUCCUCGCCCCCACCGAGACCGUUAAGCAGAUCAUCAUCAACAUCGAGGCUGGUGUUGAGGUUGAGGUCACCAUUGCCGCUUAA